AUGUCAACCUCCUCUGACUCCUCCGCCACCUUUAAAGAGACUCAUAUUUUGGUUUAUGGUCAAUUUAGUUCAAGCCACUUCAAGCCAAUCCUAGACCUCACCUAUCGGCUACUCACCCGUGGCCUCAGGGUCACCGUGGCUGUGACCACCAACAAUCUUCAUCUCCUCCAACCACUCGUCUCCACCUAUCCAUCUUCUCUCCAAACUUUUCCCCUCGUUUACGCCGAAAAUACUGACCCCUCCCGAGACUGGCUAUUCGCCAAUGCUUGCACCACGUACGAGCUUCACUCGCCCGUGCUCCUUCAGUUUUUCCAAACCCAUCCAUCACCGCCCGUUGCCAUUAUUUCUGAUUUCUUCCUCGGCUGGACUUACGAACUUGCUUCCAAGCUCGGCGUUCCGCGACUACUUUUCUCGCCGUCACCUGCUUGUGCUUUAUCGGUUUACUAUUCUCUGUGGCGUCACCUGCCAAAGAAGGAAGAUGCCAACGACGCCGUUUCUUUUCCGAGUGUACCGAAUUCUCCAUCGUUUCCAUUUCGCCAACUUCCUCCUUACUACCUAGCUUACAAGGACGGAGACGCUGAUUCCGAGUUCUAUAGAAACUGUGAGUUGGGGAACAUGGCGAGUUGGGGAGUUGUGUUCAACUCGUUCGCUGAGUUGGAAGGUGUAUACAUCGACCGCAUCGAGGAAGAACAUGGCGUUGGUCGUGUUUGGGCGGUGGGACCCUUGCAUCAAGGAACCGAAUCAGUGACAACGACGUCAGUUGAAAGCGGCGGGUCAAAGCAUGGGCUGCUGACGUGGCCUGACCAACGUCCAAACGGUUCCGUCAUUUUCGUGUCGUUUGGGAGUUGGGUGACGCUUCUUGAUGAGCAAAUCAAGGAAUUGGCUUUGGCGUGUCAAUGGGGUCCGCGUAGGACACGUGGGAGGUGA